UCGUGUCGUCUGCCUCAGAGGAGUCGUGUGCGGCAGUAGCGUGUCUUCUGUACGGGUUCUGUUAAUCCUGAUCUGGGGGACUAAUGGCGGAGACGUUAACACUUUUCACGUCAAUUGGGCUCAGUGAGCAGAAGGCAAAAGAAACACUGAAAAAUGAAGCGCUAAGUUGUGCCCUGAAGGACGCAAUAAGUCAGGCUCAGCGUGUCCAUGGUGCAUCAGGACUGGACAAAGCCAUGGGUACAUUAUUGUACACUAUGGCAUCUCGCCUUAAAGACCCCAAACGCCUGCUGUUUCUCUCAGACAGCAUAGCUCAGCGCAAAAUCUGCACAGAGCUACAACUGGCAGCUGCUUUGGAGUUUGUAAAGAGUCAUCCUGAAGACCCAAUCACCCAGAAGGAGUUUGAUGAAGCAUGUGGAGUGGGCGUAGUCAUCACACCAGAACAAAUCGAGGAUGCAGUAGAAUGUGUGAUUAAAAAGUACAAAGAACAGCUGCUGAAGGAGAGGUACCGCUUCAACAUGGGACUGCUAAUGGGUGAAGGACGUUCAGCACUGAAGUGGGCUGAUGGAAAGGUGAUCAAAAAUGAGGUGGACAUGCAGGUUCUGCACCUUUUGGGACCCAAAACGGAAGCAGACCUGGAGAAGAAGCCCAAGCCACAGAAAGGUAAAGCUGCAGAGAAUGACGUGAAGGUGAAGAAAGAGGAGGUGAUGUCGAACGGUGAUGUGAUGUCCGGAGAGGGAAAGUCUCUAAUGGAGCAGCUCAGAGGAGAGUCACUGAAAUUCCAUAAACCAGGAGAGAAUUACAAAACUGAGGGUUAUGUGGUCACACCAAACACAAUGGACCUACUAACGAAGCACUUGGAGAUCACUGGUGGACAGAUACGCACCCGCUUUCCUCCGGAGCCCAACGGCAUCCUUCACAUUGGACACGCCAAAGCCAUCAACUUCAAUUUUGGCUAUGCAAAGGCAAACAAUGGAAUCUGUUUCUUGAGGUAUGAUGACACGAAUCCUGAGAAGGAAGAGGAAAAGUACUUUACUGCCAUCAAGGACAUGGUCGAAUGGCUGGGCUAUACACCUCAUACUGUGACACAUGCAUCGGACAACUUUCAGAAACUGUACGACCUGGCUGUGGAGCUCAUCCGCAGGGGUCACGCGUAUGUGUGCCAUCAAAAAGGGGAGGAGCUGAAAGGCCAUAACGUUCCUCCGUCCCCUUGGAGAGACCGACCCAUCGAGGAGUCGCUGGUGUUGUUUGAGAGGAUGAAGAAGGGCCUGUUUUCUGAGGGCGAGGCCACGCUCAGGAUGAAGAUGGUCAUGGAGGAUGGGAAGAUGGACCCUGUGGCGUAUCGAAUCAAAUACACGCAACAUCAUUGCACAGGAGAUGAUUGGUGCAUCUACCCCACUUACGACUACACCCACUGCCUGUGUGACUCUAUAGAAGAAAUCACACACUCACUCUGCACUAAAGAGUUUCAAGCCAGGCGUUCCUCGUAUUACUGGCUGUGUAAUACUCUGGAUGUGUACUGUCCAGUGCAGUGGGAAUAUGGGCGCUUGAACCUCACCUUCACCGUUGUGUCCAAGAGGAAGAUCAUUAAACUGGUUGAGACUGGUGUUGUCAGAGACUGGGACGACCCCAGACUCUUCACUUUGACUGCACUGAGGAGAAGAGGUUUCCCACCAGAAGCCAUCAAUAACUUUUGUGCACGGGUGGGAGUCACAGUUUCCCAGACGACCACAGAGCCCCACCUGCUGGAGUCUUGUGUGAGGGAUGUGCUGAAUGAUACUGCUCCUCGAGCCAUGGCUGUGCUGGACCCGCUCAAAAUCACCAUAACUAACCUUGCUGAGAACUUCAAGUCAGAGGUACGAGUACCAGACUUUCCUGCCAACGAAGCCAAGGGAAGCCACACAGUUCCAUUUACACGCACGAUCUUCAUUGAGCAGAGCGACUUCAGAGAGGUGAUGGAGAAAGGCUACAAGCGUCUGACUCCUGAGCAGCCUGUAGGCCUGAGACAUGCCGGGUAUGUCAUAUCUGUCCAGAAAGUCAUCAAGGACUCUCAGGGUAAAGUGGUGGAGCUGGAGGUGACGUGCUGCGGUUCUGAAACGGCAGAGAAACCAAAGGCCUUCAUCCACUGGGUCAGCCAGCCACUGGCGUGUGAAGUGCGUCUAUAUGAAAGGCUCUUCAUGCACAAACAUCCAGAGGAUCCAUCUGAAGUGCCUAGUGGCUUCUUGAGCGACAUCAACCCUCAUUCCCUGCAGGUGAUCAGCCGUGCCUUUGUGGAUACCUCAGUCAAAGGAGCAAAAGUUUUUGACAAAUUCCAGUUUGAGAGAGUUGGCUACUUCUCCCUGGACCCUGAUAGCACUGCUGAUAAGCUCAUCUUCAACAGGACCGUCACUCUCAAAGAGGACCCUGGGAAGAUCUGAUCAAGAUCAAGAUGUGCUUCCUACUUCCCAUGAGCCUUCAGAUGUACACUGCCAGUCAAAGGACACACUUUUCCAUGCCUUUUGAAUGGGAAAAUGCAUCCAAACUCUCGACUGGUAGCCUACGUCCAAAUGGUUUGCAUCACUUAUUAUGUAAUGUCAGCAAAACUAAGUCACAUUUGAUGCUGUUUUUUUUUUUCCUUAUAAUUUACAAUUCUUGUGAAUUCACUUUUCUUUUUUUCUUUUUAUCCAAAAAACCUACAACAAAGCCUAGUACUGCUGGGUCGCUUGCAAUCUGUCCCAGUGCUUAACCAUUCAGCAUUAAAGACACCAUUUGAUUUUUCUUUUCUUUUUUCCAAAUAUACAUAUUUUAUAUUUAUUUUCCAUUUUUACUGCAAUACCGGCUGUUCUUUUUUUGAAUACAUGCAACUCAGAGCUCUGUUCAAGAAGAACCCUUAGUGUAAUUUUAUAUUGACUCACAGCUGAUGUUGCAUAAAGGAGAUGCUUUCAUAUGCCAUAUUAGACUUUCUUACUAAGAUGGUGCGUCAAUGCCAGGCCCCACCAUGUGUUUUUAAGAACCAAAGAACACCUUUGGCUUGGACAAAACAAUAAAUAAUAUUGGAAAAUUCUGGUCAUGGUGUGAAGUGAGGAUGUACAUGUUUUGAUAUAAUAAAUAUGAUAAUAAAUAUGUACUCAAU